ACCUGAAUUCGCUUCAGAAGUGGUUGGGGACCCGGGCACUGAGGAGGGCCAACGAUAACCAGCUUCAGCUCGAAGGAAAGGAAAAAGAAGUCCUUUUAUCCUUAGGGGCUGGAGACUUGUCUAGAAGGCGGAUUCAGGAAAAAAAAAGGUGGCCUUUCGUGCGUUCGUAAGUCGUAUCCUUCUGGACUCCUGGUCACUUACAGGCUCAUUUCGUCACCUGACUGUCAAGAUGGCGCCGGAGACGAAGGUGGUGACUCCCUUGGGAAAGGCGGCGUUAAUGACCCUGGGGACUCUGUUCUUGUCUCUCAUCACGCCCUUGCGUCCGGUGGGCGCCGAGAUCCUCUACGCAGAGACGGCGCCCAUGAGCUUCGAAGUUUGGGCGGCCGAUCUGGCACCAGGAUUCUUCUUGCAAGAGCAGACGAUCAACGACCGCCUAUGUUAUUGCAAGAAACCAGGGAGCACAGGCUCGAGCACCGCCCCCCUGAGCUUCAGCUUCAACACACCCAACCCUCUGACAAGCUCAGGCGUUCCAGGAUCGUCCUUUGAAUUCGUCUUCCUAACUCCGGGAGACCAGAUGCAGCUGACAUCCAAACCUCCACAGAACGACACUGCGACCACAGGGAAAGAGUGUGGCCUGUGCAAUGCGGAAUAUACCAUCGGUAAUACCAACUUUAUGGACAUAAUUGAGUGGAAGUCUCCUGGUUGGGAUCAGGGUAAGAAUUACCCGGAUGGCUGCACUUGUACAUUGAAAGUCCACGUACGUCUGAGCCAGUGGGGCUACUUCGUCUAUGACUUCGCCGCUGGGUCUAACAUCAAAGCUUUGAACAACUGCGCCUUUGAUCGUAUGGAGGUCAACCUCAACGGGAACAAGGAUAUAUGGUGCGAUGCCGACAUGUCUAAGUUCAGCGGAGGAGAGUAUACGUAUGGCGUCCCACAGGACUACACGUUCACCUUCAUUUCGGAUGCAGCCGACGGAAACCAGGUGGCGGCAGGAUUCAGUCUCACAAUCCAAGCCUACAAUUUCGGCCGGCACCUGUAAAGAAGGAUGGCUCCUCCACCCCCUGUAAGAAAAGAAACCCGACAUAAAAAAGUACCCCUUCCCUUACCCCUACACAAACACCGUCUAUCCCCUCCCCAGCCCCCAAAAAUUAUCUCUAAGGACCAGAGGGUUUGGAAGCACGGAAUUGGCAUCAACAACUGGAUGAUAAUGGAACUGCUAUGGAGAUGUUUUGAAAACAUUAUUGGAUCCCCGAUUGUUGAUGCAUAAAAAUAUUCUUUGGUGUAAAACUACUAUGCACUGAGUUAAAUCUGCAUCUGCUGUAUGUCACUGUGUCUGUUGAUCUUUGCUGUAAUUUAAAAAAAGGCAAAAUUUAUUGACUUUCUUUAGCUGUAUCCAACUGUGAUCUAAUUGCAUUUCCUUUCGUUUUUUUUCAAUUGUAACAGAAAAUAAUUUAUUUUAGUUUUCUUUACAUUUUCCAUGGUUUUACCAAUAGCAGAAAAGUGCUGUUAAAUCUGUUGUAUCGAGGUUUGCUGUAGAGCGUUUACCAUGACGUAUACUAUUUUUUUUUUUUAUUCUUAUAAACCUGGAACAAAAAUUAAGUUAAAGUUUUAUCUGCUGUAUAAUUUGUUGUCAUUUGCUGAAAGUAAGUUCUUUUAACACUGGAAAGUAAGAGUUAUUAGAACGACGCUACUGAAGCUCUGUAGGAAUUGACCUUUGAAAAAGCAAAACUUAGUAAAGAAUUUGAUUCUGAAACAAAUAAUCGCAGUGGUAUUUCAAUGCAAGCUUAAUUUGUCUCCUCUUUUGAUAAAUUUGCAGUUGUUUGAUAUGCAAAAUUGCAAAAAAAAUUAUUUUAAGAUAUUUCAUUAAAUUUUUCCUGUGAUUGGAAGAUCUAUUAGAAGUUCAUGAAUAGGUCUUUUGUAUUCUUCAGAGCUGUAAUAGUCUAUUACAUUUGCAUAAAUAGACAAUCAAUUAUAAUGCAAUACUUAGAUUAUCCUAUCUCUUCAGUGCAAAUGAUUACAGUAAUUUUUACAUGGGCCAUUUCCAUUCUUCAAGGAUAAUGAAAUAGAUUAAUUCUAAUGCAAACAAGGCAUAAUCCAACCUCCAGCUUACUCAGGCACGUGCUAAAAUCUAUGGUCAAAUAGCGCUUUGUUUCACCAAAGAAAAUUAAAAUUAUUAACGCUUUAUAUCUUAUUAGAAAUAAUGGUUCUGUACUGUUUAGCAUGCACAUUAUUUACUUUUACAUUUUCAUUCUAAUAAAAAAAUCAUAAAUAUCCUAUCCUUAAAUUCCUAUAACUUUAACUCAACGUGAAACACCUUUAUCAGACCAUUUUAGGCUUUUCCAUAGGGCUUUCCUACCUCCCCAACAAGAACAACAACAGCGAGAACAACAACAACAAGAGGAACAACAACAACAACAUCAAAGUAGUUUGUAGGCUUACUCCCCGAGUAAGCAAAAAAAUUAUAUAAAUAGGUCAUCACAAUUCUUGGGUCAUUGACCUUCUUUGACAGAGUAACACAGCAAUUUCACUGGAAAAAAACAACCUGUGUCAUUACUCAUGAAUAAAAAUAACUCUUUACUUCAAUUUUAUAGACAUAUUUUGGGUUUAGUUAUUUUGGGAAAGUACAUUAUUCUACUCAAAGAAGAUCUUUACUCGUGGGGGAAAACAAUAAAAAAAGAGAUUAUUUC